AUGGACGAUCAGGUGGCACCAGGUUUUAGGUUCUACCCUACAGAGGAAGAACUCGUUUCUUUCUAUCUGCACAAUAAGAUUCAAGGCACAAGACUACUUGAAAUCGAUAGGGUUUUACCAUCUAUUAAUAUAUAUGAUUACAAUCCAUGGGAUCUUCCAAAAUUUGCAGGAGAGCGUUGUCGUGGAGAUCUAGAGCAAUGGUUUUUCUUCGUUCCAAGGCAAGAAAGGGUAGCCCGUGGAGGAAGAACUAAUCGGCUCACGGCACAAGGAUAUUGGAAAGCAUGUGGAUCUCCUAGUUUUGUAUAUUCUUCACAAGAUCGUGCGAUUGGUAAGAAGAGAACAAUGGUUUUCUAUGCAGGAAGAGUUCCACAUGGAAGAAAGACUGCGUGGAAGAUGAAUGAGUACAAAGUGAUUGGAUUAGCCGAGGCUUCCUCCUUUACUGCUGCAAAUCCACAGUUAGGAGAAGAUCUCAGUUUGUGCCGAGUCUACAGAAAAUCGAAAGGCACGAGGCCAUUUGACAGAAGGCCGCGGCCACAUGAAAUGGUGGAAGGGAACCAACUAGUGGCGGUUCACCACCAAAAUGUGGCAGUAACAUCUCAACAAAACCAUCCACUAGAUAGAACUAUCUACUUAUUUGAUAAUUCAACCACAGAAGAUCAAGCUAAUGCUAAUCCUUGUCAGUCAGUGGAAAGUACAAAUAACAACUUCGAUAUGAUUGUUGAAGAUAAUGGACCCUCGUGGGACUGGGACUGGGAACAAUAUAAUUGUUCUGAUUUUGGAAACUUGUGA